UGAUCUGAAUGGGUAAAAAUCUUUAAAACGGACAGAGUUAGGGUUUUUUUCGAACUUCUCUCCCCCAUUGUAUGCUGUGCAAAUGUUCAUCACCUUCUUCCAUGGUCACUAAUUCCUCUUCCUCUAAGCUUCCAUGGAUUUGGUGUAUCGAAGCCCUUGCAAGCUUCAAGCAAGUAGACAUCGCUCUCCUCGGUGAUUUGAUAAGUAGGGUAUCGGAUUUCUCGGAUGAAUCGUGCAAGGAUGCGCGGGAGAGGGUCGCUUUGAGGUGCUUGGAGCAAUGGCUAGAUUCAAGCGAUGUUUCAGACAAAAGAAAUGUGCCUUUGGUUUCAGGGUCCGGUGCUCUGACCAUCUUCGGUGACACAGCAAGGCAAAUGACAUGCGAAAACGUCCUCCAUCUUGUUCUAAAUGAGUCCUCAAAAUCCAGCUUGGUAAAGUCCAGGUUAGAGAUGUUGAAGCAGGAAGUUCAAGAGUUUAUUUCCCAGAAAAGUGCUAGCUUGCCUAAAUGUGUUCUGGAAAAGCUGAAGGAUGCAAUAGUUGAAAGUACUCAUCCAUUAGCUGCAUCCUUGAGGACAAGGAGUGGAUUGGACAAAGAAAAUAUUGAUGCGAAGAUGCACACUAGUAGUGAUGUUAUGAACCAGGCGCCAAGAGAGAGCUCAGUUGAAAUGGGAGAGGAAAAAGCAGUGACAUGUUCAGGUGAAAAGGAUAAGGGUAGGAUUCAUUUGGGUGGUGGUGAUCUUAAUGAAGAUGCAAAGCAGAAUGACAAUGAUGAUGUUGCAAUCGAGUCACCAAAAGAAAGCUUAAUUGAAAUGGCCAAUGGAAAACUGUUGACAUGCUUGGAUGAAAAGGAUGAGAAAAGAAUUCAUUGCGAUGACAAUGAUUUCAAUGAAGCUACAAAGGGUCAUGACACUAGUGAUGAUGCAAUCCAGGCACUAAAAGAGAACUCAGUUGAAAUGGCAAAGGAAAAGGUCUCAACAUGUUUAACCGAAAAGCCAAUUUGCUUUAAUGAUGUCAACUAUCGUGCAACUAAGAGACCUAAAUUGAGUAUAAAGGCCAGUGAAGACCAGUCACUAGAUCCAAGGCCAGGCUCUCUGUCACCCAAAAUUAGGAACGAAACAUUACAUGACAAUGCUUUGGAUAGUAUAAUUGGUGGAAAGGGGGAGAGUGCACUCUCUAGAGAAGGGCAAGCACCCUGUUCUGACAAAAGCAGAAUUUGUGUGGAUGGUGAAGAUUGUCAUGCCAAUACUAACAGCCUUAAGGAAUCCAAAGAUGGUCAAAUCAAGUCUAUUGAGCAGAACUCAGGUUCUUUGUAUGAAAAUGAACAUGUACAAAAAGAUCCUCCCGGUAAAUUUUUAAUAUCAGCGGAGAAAGGUAUAUUAGAAAAAGAAACUCAAGUGCAUGGUAUGGUACAAACUGUAAUUUUCCAGGAUGAUUGUGAGAAUGCUUCCCUACAGAAGCAAAGUAGUGAUAAUGAUGAAAACACACACGAUCUGUCCCCGGGUAAUAAAAUUCCUCUAGAAGCAUGUCUGAAUGGUUCCCACCAAAUUAAUGUUGUAACCAAAGAUGAAAAUCUGAAUCAUGUUGAAACACAUAGUUGCAGUGAUGCCAAUCAUGAUAAAGUUGCUUUAUUUGAUUUGAAGGACAAAAUAGUCAUAGCAAUGAAGAAAUAUAGAUUUUUGAGUUUUCAAAGCACGUCCAAUCAUGAUUCUCAGGCCACAUUAGAUCGGAUAGAACAGAGACGUUGUAAUAAGUGUAACAGGGGUGGCCAAUUAUUGAUUUGUUGUGCCACUAAUUGCCAAUUGGCUGUCCAUGAGUGUUGUUUGGGCUCCCCAGCAAGUUUUGACAAUAAUGGUAAUUUCUACUGUCCCUUUUGCUUUUAUGCAGAAGCAAUUGUUGCAUAUCAUGAUGCCAAGAAAAAAAUUUCCCUGGCAAGGAAGUCUUUUGCUGCCUUUACAGGUGAGAAGAAUGAACAACAGCUGAAGAAACAAUUUGAAAAUAUUCAUUAUGAGGAAACCCAAUCAAGAAGAUUUGGAGAAGUGGGCUUUCCUCGUAAUAUUCCUGACAAUAAGCAUCAGACAGAGAUAAUUCAUAAGCAAUCUGUGCAAGCAAUGGAACAUCAAGAAGCAGCAAAUGAUUCUAUUGAAUAUAAAAAUGGAUAUAUUCCCUGUGAAGGAGGAAAGGCACCUCCUGUCCAUGAGAAAAAUGAUAUUUUCCUAACUGAAGGAGACGAUUCAAAACAAGUUGAUGACAAUCACAAUAAUUUAGUGAUGGAAUGUCAUCUGACCAAAAGUUAUUCUAAUGCAUGCAGUGGUAAUGACUUACAAGUGAGAGAUGGAGAAGCAUUUGCAAUGAAUGAGAUAUCUGAUAUUUCCUUGACCAAAGAAAAGGCAGUUGUGAUUGAAAAACAUCAAUCUGUAGAUUGGAGAGAAGAAAAUAAUAAACAGGUUGAAGCUGAUUUGAAGCAUAAAUCUAAAAAUUCACCCUGUAGACGCAGGGAGAUGGUGCCAUUAAGUCAGAGACUUGCUGGAGUACGAACUAGAAGACAAGUUUUACAAGGUAAAUUCUCUUCUCGACCAAAUAUUACCACAAAAGAAACUUCUGAAGCUGAAGAAGAUGAUAUUUCCUCUAAUGACUCCAGCAGAGAUCAGAAGCCAAUUAGCCCCAAAUUUCCUUCUUUAAGGAGAACGAAAAAUCCUUGGACAGCUGAAGAGGAGGAAAUACUGCUGGAAGGAGUUAAGCGAUUUUCAAGUACUGAUGGGAAAGGUUUUCCAUGGAAAAAGAUCCUGGAAUUUGGCUGCCAUGUCUUUCAUAAAACUCGUACCCCAGUUGACCUUAAGGAUAAAUAUAGGAACAUUUGGACAAAGGGAGGCCCAAGAGUGAGAUAAGGUUACAAAGGCAAUUUCACAGAAAAGGAGAGGAGUAAAGAAGAGUUUGUGUAUUGGCCAGAGUGAUCCACUGGAUUAGAACAUUGGACUCUUUCACAGUUUUCAUCUGAUGAAAUUUGGAGAAGCUGUGAAGUGAUGGCUAGAUGAAGCAAAGGGUUAAUUCAGGUUUGGUCGCCUCGUCCAAAAUGCUUUUCGAAGUUAAACUUCGAUGGAAGCAAUCAAGGUAAUUCUGGUCCUAGUAUAAGAGGAGUAACGAGAAAUACCAAAGGUAAUGUUAUUACUUUAUACUUCGGCUCAUUGGGGAUGGGUCAUUUUGCUAGAGAUGAAUUGAUUGCUGCAAUACAAGACAUACAGAUUGCAAGUGAGCUAAGUCUCUCAAAUGUAGUGAUUAAAGGGGACCAAAAACUGGUGGUGGGAUGGUUGACAGAACCAUAUUCUAUAAUUUGGUGAUAUAUGAAUGAGAUCAAGAAAUUUAAAUGGCUUACCAGAAACAUGAAUGUGAAGAAAUAGUGGGUGAGAAGAUCAGCUAAUUGAAUGGUGGAUGUUUUAGCUAGGGGUGAUUGGCUGAAUAAAAAUUGUCUGUAUUGGGUUCAAAUGUAAUAUGCUUUUUUGGGAGAGGUGGCGUCUCGUGCCUCCUUAAGGGAUGUUUGUAAAGCUUUCAGUUAUUAAUAAACUUUGUUUUUACUCAUUAAAAAAGGCAA